AUGGACUCUCUCACACUAUUCUGGUACGAUUAUUUAAUCUUCAUUUUAGUUCUAUUUUUGAGCAUUUUGAUCGGCAUUUAUUUCGGAUGUUUCGCCACAAACAACCAAUCAGAUCCUUCAGAAUACCUGCAAGGUAAGAAACAAAUGAACACUUUCCCUGUUGCCGUCUCACUAACUGCAAGUUCUACUUCCAUUUCCAUUCUUCUAAGUUUUUGUUCAGAAGCGUAUAGUUUUGGUGCAAAUACGUUUUUACUGAUUAUUAGCAUGACGAUAGCCUACUUUGCCAACAAAUUUAUCUACUUACCUGUGUUUUACAAUCUUGAAAUUGGCACAGUUUAUGAAUAUUUGGAAAAAAGGUUUGACAAAAGAGCGAGGCAACUCGCAUCGGGCAUUUUUACAAUUUGUAGCACCUGUUUUCUCUCAAUGACGAUUUAUACCCCAGCUUUGACUUUAUCUGCAGUCACUGGAUUUCAAUUACAAUACGUUAUAGUUGGUGUCAGUUGUAUUUGUGUUUUUUAUACGAGUAUUGGAGGUUUCAGGACCGUUAUUUGGACAGAUGUGUUGCAAUUUUUUGUCGUUUUGGUCACUUUGAUCAUUAUUCUAGCUUUAGCGAUUGGAUCAACUGGGGGUUUCACUGAAAUUUGGGACAAAGCGAUGGGAAGUGGCCGUUUGGACAUUUUCGAAUUUGAUCCAAAUCCGACUCGACAUAGCAGUGUUUGGAUGAUAAUAAUCGGUUAUUCAUGUACAUUUAUCACAAUCACUUGUGUUGACCAAAUUACCGUCCAAAAAAUGCGAUCAAUUCGAACUAUAGAUGGAGCAUCAAAAGCUAUGAUUUAUUUCKUAAUUGGYCACUAUUUUYCUAUAAUUAUUUGUGUUUUUCUUGGCUUGACUAUGUAUGCAAAAUAUUCGGAUUGUGAUCCAGUCAGUGCAAAAUUUAUCCAAAAACCGGACCAGUUAUUACCUUACCUUGCCAUGGAUGUGGGUAACAAAAUUCCCGGAGUUUCCGGAAUUUUUGUAGCCGCAAUUUUCAGCUCAAGUUUGAGUCUCCAAUCAGCAAUUUUGAAUUGUUUGUCCGGUUCCAUAUAUUCAGAUUUCAUGAAACCAUUUCUAAGCAAAUUUUCUGAAAGCAAAAUUUUGAAAUUGACAGUCGUCGGAAUUGGUAUUUUAUGCACAGUUUUGGCUUUUGUAAUGCCAUACUUAGGAACGCUAUUUAAUAUCAUUUUUACGAUAAUAGGUGUGACUGGGGGCCCUAUUUUAGGGAUGUUCACUUGCGGACUUUUGAUACCAAAAACUAACUCUAAAGGAGCUUUUUAUGGUACUCUCUUCGGAUUUUUGAUUUGUUUGUUUAUUGCUGUCCCAGCGACUUAUUACCAGGACCACAACGGUCAAGAUCAGUAUUUGAAACCCAUUUCGACCAUUUGUUUGAACCAAACUUUACGAAAUGAGACUACAAUUGAUAAAUCGCCACCUCCCUGGUUGUUUCAAAUUUCAUACUUCUACUAUUCGGUGAUUGGUGUGAUUGUCACAACAAUCAUGGCUUCUUUGAUCAGUUGUUUGACCCAAAAAUCAAAUUUUCGAAUCGACAAAAAUUUAAUUAGUCCAAUCGCUCACUUUCUUCUUGUUGAAAAAAAAGCUGAAACUCGUAAAUCGGUGCAAUAUUCGAGUGUGAUAGAUAAUGAACCGCCUCCAAACUUGUUGAAUUAGUUCUUUAUUUGUGGCGUGUAGCUUUUAUCACAUUAGAGUCAAAAUUGCCUUCGGUUUGACUUUGUUCAAAGUUUUUAAAAAUAAAUCCAAAUUUUUUUUCUCAAAUUUUAGGAGCUUUGUAGGAUUUUAAAUUUAAUUAUACAAAAUAUUUUCUUAAAGUACUUAAUACUGUUUCAAAACUAUGUCUUUUUUUUUGGUCAUUAAUAAUAAUUACUAAUUUGAAAUUAUUUAUUUUUAUUUUUUUUAAGUUGUAGAUUAGCGAAGUACCAAAAGCGAUAUUUUUUCAUCGUACCCAGAACUAAAUUUUUUAACCAAAAAUUGUGUAUUUGUCAAGUUUAGGAGCUUUCCAAUCCUAGCAUGUAAUUUUUUGGAAAUUUUUUUAUUUGUAAGAUUCAACCAAGAUAAUGAUUGAUGACAUGUUAAAAUCUUUUAUCUCAGACUAAAUGUUUUUACAAAAUUAGAUAAAAUUACCUUCAUUGGGAAAUUUUACGAGUAUGUUGUUUAAAAAUUGUAAAUUUUGUGUUUUUCUAAGAUAAGUUUGUGUUUAUGUUUUUAAUUUUUUUGAAAAAAAAAAUUAGUGUUUUUAACACGGUAUAUCUCAAUAACUAAGAAUUUUUUUCACUAUUAGUUAUUAUUUGGCAUAACCUACCAUUCCCUAAGAUUAUGCGUAUAAGUGAAGAUUUACCCUGUAUAUCUUUAAGGUAUUAUGUUAUUUGACCUAAAUCUUUUCAAAUUUAAUUUAUUUUUUACUAAGUUAAUUUUCCAUUCUGGAGUUUAAUUUAUGUUUGUGUUUUUAGAAAGGCUAUUAU